UCUUUUAGGGCGGCCUUCAUGAACCACACCUCUGGCUUCCCAGUCUCCCCCUCCGAUUUCCCUUUGACACAUGGCGGGCGCGCGCGCGGUGGGGGGGGGGGGGGUUCUGUCUGUGACUCCUGACUUUGCUAGAGCCUGAACACCCCAGUGAGGAGAAAGAGAAUUCAAGGGCGAUGCCCAGAGCUGGCAUCAGGGCACCGAGGAAAAAACCUCUCUUUCUGGCCCGUUCCACUUAGCAAACUCACUCUGACGUCUGGAGAACCUGCAGCGGGGAGCUCUCAGUGCACCAGCCUUAGAAAAAAGGGAAAUCUUGGGGGCUUUGGUUUCCAGGCAAGCGCCUGGGGGGUGAGAAGGAAGGGGGUGGGGUGGGAAUUGGAGACGUCUCCCAGAGGCUGAGCCGGGAGAAGGGGAGGGUCUAGAUUAGCAUAGCCUCCUCCCUUUCUCCCCCUCCUCCUCCUUCUGCCUUUUCCUGAAAGAGGCAGGGGGGAGUGGUGGGGGAGGCUGCUGAAUGGCCUCUCGCUUCUCUAUUCAUUUCUUCUCCUGCUACCUCCUGCGCUCCUUGGCCACAGCCGCCGCCAUCCUUCGGUUGGUCGGUGAAUGAAAGACAGGCUGCGGGAGGCGCUGGUUUUAGAAAACUGCCCUGCAGACGCAGCCGGACCGCCCAGGAGGGAACGAGCCGGAGCCGGAGCCCGAGCUGGAGAUGUACGGUGUGUGUGGGUGUUGUGGUGCCCUUCGCCCCAGAUACAAGAGACUGGUUGAUAAUAUCUUCCCAGAGGACCCAGAGGAUGGCCUCGUGAAGACCAACAUGGAGAAGCUGACCUUCUAUGCUCUCUCAGCUCCAGAGAAACUGGACCGGAUUGGUGCCUACCUCUCCGAAAGGCUUAUUCGUGAUGUGGGCCGCCAUCGAUAUGGGUAUGUGUGCAUUGCAAUGGAAGCUCUGGACCAGUUGCUUAUGGCCUGCCACUGUCAGAGCAUCAAUCUCUUUGUAGAAAGCUUCCUCAAGAUGGUGGCCAAGCUGUUGGAGUCCGAGAAGCCCAAUCUGCAGAUCCUAGGCACAAACUCGUUUGUGAAGUUUGCCAACAUAGAAGAAGACACUCCUUCCUAUCAUCGGAGCUAUGAUUUCUUCGUGUCGCGAUUCAGUGAAAUGUGUCACUCCAGCCAUGAUGAUUUGGAGAUCAAGACCAAGAUCCGUAUGUCAGGCAUCAAAGGCCUGCAAGGGGUGGUGAGGAAGACAGUGAAUGAUGAGUUGCAGGCCAACAUCUGGGACCCACAGCACAUGGACAAGAUUGUCCCUUCGCUGCUGUUCAACCUGCAGCAUGUAGAGGAAUCUGAGAGCAGGUCUCCCUCGCCCUUACAAGCCACAGAGAAAGAAAAGGAGAGCCCAGCAGAGUUGGCUGAGAGGUGUCUUCGAGAGCUGCUGGGCAGGGCUGCUUAUGGAAACAUCAAAAAUGCCAUCAAGCCUGUACUCAUUCACCUAGAUAACCAUUCUCUCUGGGAACCCAAGGUGUUUGCCAUCCGUUGCUUUAAAAUCAUCAUGUAUUCAAUUCAGCCCCAGCACUCCCACCUUGUGAUCCAGCAGCUCCUCAGCCAUCUGGAUGCCAACAGCCGCAGUGCAGCCACCAUCCGUGCAGGCAUCGUGGAGGUCCUGGCUGAAGCAGCUGUCAUUGCUGCUACUGGCUCUGUUGGUCCCACAGUGCUAGAGAUGUUCAACACCUUACUGAGGCAGCUACGACUCAGUAUUGACUAUAUCCUGACUGGCAGCUAUGAUGGAACCAUCAGUGUUGGCAGCAAGAUCAUCAAGGAGCAUGAGGAGAGAAUGUUUCAGGAGGCUAUUAUCAAGACCACUGGUUCCUUUGCUAGCAUACUGCCCACCUAUCAACGGUCUGAAGUAAUGCUUUUCAUCAUGAGCAAGGUCCCACUGCCCUCUCUCCAUCACUCCAUUGAGACUGGAAAGACAGGGGAGAACAGGAACCGGCUGACCCAGAUCAUGCUACUGAAAUCCCUCCUUCAGGUAUCCAUGGGCUUCCAAUGCAGCAACAUGCUAACUGCCUUGCCUAGUUCCUUCCUGGACCGGCUUCUUUCUUCAGCACUCAUGGAGGAUGCUGAGAUCCGCCUCUUUGUCCUGGAGAUCCUCAUCAGCUUCAUUGAUCGUCAUGGCAACCGCCACAAGUUCUCCACCAUCAGCACUCUUAGUGACAUCUCUGUCCUAAAACUGAAGGUGGACAAGUGCUCAAGGCAAGAUACUGUGUUCAUGAAGAAGCAUUCUCAGCAGCUCUACAGACACAUCUACAUGAGCUGCAAAGAGGAGAGCAAUGUUCAGAAACACUACGAAGCUCUCUACAGCAUGCUGGCACUCAUCAGCAUUGAGCUUGCCAAUGAGGAAGUGGUGGUGGACCUCAUUCGCCUGGUGCUGGCUGUACAGGAAGUGGCCCAUAUUAAUGAAGAAAAUUUGCCUGUGUACAACCGUUGUGCCCUCUAUGCCCUGGGAGCUGCCUACUUGAACCUCAUCAGUCAGCUUACUGCUGUGCCAGCUUUCUGCCAGCAUAUCCAUGAGGUAAUCGAGACCAGGCAGAAGGAAGCACCAUACUUGCUCCCAGAAGAUGUGUUUGUGGAGAGUCCUAGGUUGUCCCAGAGCCUAGAUCAAAUGGUGAUCGAAUUUCUGUUCCGUCAGAGUAAGAUCAGCGAAGUCUUAGGGGGCAGUGGCUACAAUUCCGACAGGCUCUGUACACCUUAUAUCCCUCAGCUGACAGAUGAAGAUCGUUUGUCCAAGAGGAAGAGCAUUGGUGAGACCAUUUCCCUGCAGGUGGAAGUAGAAUCUAGGAAUAGCCCAGAGAAGGAGGAGAGAGUCCCUGCUGAGGAGAUUACCUAUGAGACCCUAAAGAAGGCCAUUGUGGAUAGUGUGGCAGUAGAAGAACAAGAGCGGGAGCGGCGGCGGCAGGUGGUUGAGAAGUUCCAGAAGGCACCUUUUGAGGAGAUUGCUGCACACUGUGGGGCUCGGGCAUCACUGCUACAAAGCAAGCUCAACCAGAUCUUUGAAAUCACCAUUCGACCUCCCCCAAGCCCAUCUGGUACCAUCACAGCAGCCUAUGGGCAGCCACAGAACCACUCCAUCCCUGUCUACGAGAUGAAGUUCCCUGAUUUGUGCGUAUACUGAGUGCCAAGAGUGAGAGCCCCUGUGGAGGAUGGGUCUGGGAGAGGGGAUCCCCACCCCCAUCCCCUACAUCAACGAAUCCUAACUGAGAUCUCAGGGGAGAAAUAUAAUUUCCAAAAUGGUGGGCACCUUCCUAAGAGAACUGAGUUCCAUCAACCCUUCUCUUCCUACUGCUCCACCAUCCCAGCUUCAUCGCACACUCGGGCUCUUUUAUGCCAGAAAGUCUACCUUGCCCUCUCUGCCUUUCCUUCUGGGUCAUCUGGGGUCCUUUAUGAGGAGAGAUUUGAGGAUUCUCUCCCAAUAAGGGUCAGGGGACCUUAGUAAGCCUUUGGUUGAUGAGUUGGAGUAGUUUGGAGGUGGAAGGGAAGAGCCUAUGAACCAUCCAUGAACAAGCUCUCCACAUUUCAAAGGAGGAACCUUGCCAAGGAUCUCGGUGAGCUCAAUUGAACACCUAGGGUUGAACAGAAUAAGGAAAUAAAGCAGGGAGGCAUCAGACCUCUUGGGCAGCACUCCCUAGAAAAAGGAAAGUGUUGGGAGUCUCUUGGGGAAUUUCCCAGCUACCAAGCAGAAGUUCAGAUUCUCACCUAAUAGAGCUGCUUCAGGAUGGGUAAGGUAUAUUGAAAACUUCCUCACCUUCCCUUCCCCUAGUAACAGAUUGAAGUUCCUUCUGCCAGACAUGAAAAAUCACUGCACAAUCAGAACCAGGGGCUGGGCAGAAGAGAAUGGGGGUGCCUUAGGAAUUAGGGGGGGAAACAGAGCUGGAACCCUGACAGCUCUAAGACUAGGACCUGAGAAGAAGUAGAGAACCUCCUUUCAGGGGAUGCCAGUUCUAAUCAAGUAGUUGAUACCAGCAAUUUUUUUUCCUGUUCCUGUUUACCCAUAAGAGUUGACCUGGGCCAGUCUCUCAAAUGGCACAGGGCCCUUGGAGCAGGGUUCAAAAGCAUGAUGGGAACCCAGAAUGAAAUUAAGGGCAAAAUCUCUUCUGCCAAAGGGAAUAAAAUCUAGCAAGAUUAUGGGACUGAGGAGGAAGCAAAACCAACUCCAGCCUUGUCAUUGCUAUAGAAACAUGAGGGUUUUACAUCAUGAGAAGCCAUGCUAGAGAACAUUCUCCACUGACCCCCCUCUCCUAACAAGUAGAGAUAGAAAGGCUGUCUCUGCCAAAUUCCACCUCCCUUCUUGUGUCCCCUCUUAGCAUCUCUACUCCGCCUGGGACACUGGAUUAUGGUUUCUCAUUGGCUCCCUUCCCUUGGGGCCUAGGUUCAUUGCUGGAGGUUCUAGGCUUUAGGGCAGAAUAAGAGGUGGCUCAAGACAAAAGAAGACACUCCAAAAAUUCAGGGGAUGACAGGGGACCCCAAUGCCUUGCCCUGAAUUAUUCCCUUAUAGGGAAAGUUAUGUACCCUUCCCUGAGCAGAAGGUCUCUGCGACUACCAUUCCUACAAACAGGAGUUUACCUGCCAGCACUGAGAAUAGUGGAUGUAUCCACCAAGGAAUGAGUGGGCCAGUUGUCUGCCUUGGGAGUGCAGUGUAUGUACGUGUAUGGUGUAUGUAUGUGUGUGUAUAUGUGUCUUGGGGCAAGGGGGGUGGGGGAUAUGUGUGUCUCUUCUCUUGGAUAAAGUCUGUAUGUGUAUUUGAUCCAAAUGAGGUGAUACCUCUGGACUUCAGGGGUGCAAUAGAAGCUCCUUUGAAUUCUAGAUUUUCCAGUGUCCCCAGCACCCUGCACCUUGUAGGUACUCAGUAAACUUUUUAUAAAUGAUGGUGACAACAAGUUGAUGCAAAAGCCCAAUCGGAACCAAUACGUAUAUGGCCCCAAGCAAUAUAGGGAAAUGGAGAACGAACUUUAUCUUCAGUUACUUUUCUGUAUCCCAUUCUAUUCUUGCUCAUCCUCCCAAUGGCCAGCCACCUUCCCAUGGGCCAUGGCUUAGCUAGAGCCCCCAAUGGCAAAGCCCAGCAAACACAUCUCUUCCUCACUAGUACCAGAGUGUCUAAAAAACCCUUUCUUCAUCCCCUAAUCCUCCAAACCCUGGCCCCAAACUCUCAUUUAUUAGUAUAGCUGAGAACAUCUUAGGAUGUGAACAAAUUAUAGUUUGGCUAAUGGGAUUUUAUAAGACUAUUUACAAGAGGGACAGAGAACACAGAAAGCCACAGAGAGACAGAGACUUCUUAAUCUUAAGGAAUGAAUCUGUUGAGGAUCUUGGGCAGUCUGAUAGACUAACUUGAAUCUGUGUUCUUAUUUAUGGCCUGUGAUAAGCUCAGCCCCAAAUCCAAAGUCAGAGUGUUAUGAAUAGCUGUGGUUGAGGGACUUAAGUUAAGGAAUUUGAUUCAGAUAGAUUUUUUCCUAUCCCAAUAUGGUUUCUUAGUGAAGAAAAGGGAAAUUUGAGCCCAACGAUCACAGUGUUCUCAUCUAAGGCCUUUACUUUUUUUUUCUUUUUUAACCCCUACCUUCCAUCUUAGAAUCAGUACUAUGUAUUGGUUCCAAGGCAGAAAGAAGAGCUAUAAGGGCUAGGCAAUUAGGGUUAAGUGACUUGCCCAGACACAACUAGGAAAUGUCUGAGUCCAGAUUUGAAUCCAAGGAAUUCCCAUCUCUAGGUAGGCUUUCUAUCCCCUAAGCCAACUAGCUGUCUCCUUUGCUUUUAUAGUUUAAUGCUUAACAUAUUGGUCUAAAUAUCAGACACUUAUUCAUAUAGGGUACAUUUCUAAAACAAGAUUCCCUUAUUUCCAAAAUGCAGAGUUGAACAAUGAAAGACAUUUGUAGGCCAUUCUAAAGUUUUAUGCAAGCCUAAGAUGUGUUACGAGAAAAAAAAUACAGCCCAUCGUUCAACUUAAUUUUUGUUAUUGCACUAUGGGUAUUCAAGAUGUUGUCAGUGCCAUAAUGUAAAUCACACUUUGAGUUGGAAAGGUCUCCAAGAGACCAUCUCCUGUGGUCUUUACAGAUAAAGGAUCCCCUCUGUAACAUUGCCUGAUAAGUAGUCAAUAAGCCUUUACUUAAGGAUUUUCAGUAAAGGGUGGGCAGCCUACUUAACACUAAGGGCAACCUAUUCUGCUUUUGGAUACUUCCACCAUUAGGAUAGGUUUCUCUCCAUAAAUCCUAAAUUUAUCUUCUUCACUCAUUAUUCUUUAUUCUGCUCUCUGUGGUCAAGCAAAACAUGUCUGAUUCUCCUUUCAUGUAAGGGACCUUCAAAUACAUGAAGAAAAUUAGCAUGUAUCUCCUGCCAAGCCUUCUCCUUCCCAAUGCCUAAGCUGCCUGGGUUCUUUCCAUUGAUCCUCCUAAGGCAUGAUCUCAAGGCCAGUUGCUCUUCUGGCCACCUUCCUCUAAUUGUUCUCCAGUGUUUCCAUGUACUUCCUAAAAUGUCGAUCAGAAUUGAACAAAACACUCCAUCUGUGGUCUGACGAGGGCAGGAUUGUUCCCUCUGGGUUCUGCACUCUCUACCUCACUUAAUGGAGUUUUAGGUUGCAUGCGUUCCCUGAAAUCCAAGAUGGCGGACAUCUAGAUUUAGAAGCAUGAAAUUCUACCCUAUUUUAUAUAAUAGAACAUUUCUUAUUAAAAUAGCAACCUAAACUUCAAGUGAACAGCAAAGCACACAGUUUCUUAGAGGAAACUUUGAAGACAAAUGAAGCCAGAGAUUCAGGCUAGUCUUUCUGCACCAACUAGUGUUUUAUGUUUAUUCUUAGUACUUUGUCUCUUAGCCCUAAAUUUAGUUUUAAAGGGAGACUCUCAAUUUCUUUCUUACUUGAUGUUAGCCACCCUCUUCUCUACUUCCAGCAAUGUUUCUUAUAUCUGUGGCACUGAGUGGUAGAGAUCAUAGACUUAGAGCCAGAAGGGAGAUUAUGGGCCAUCCAAUCUAACUCCAGUCCAACCCUCUGCCAAGCUCCCCACCACUUUAUAGAUAAGAAUACUGAGAUUCAGACUUGUGUAAUAAUAUAUCUAUAAUGCAUUUUUUAAAAAAAACACCUUAUAACAGUAAGGGCUUGACAGUUGGGCUUAUGUGACUUUCCCAGGGUCACACAGCUAGAGGUGUCUGAAGUCAGGUUUGAACCCAGAUCCUGCCAUUCCAGGUCUGGUGCUCCAACCACUGUGCCACUUAGCUGCCACCUACUUUUUUAUAACAUCUUUUUGAAGAGCCUACAGAUGAGAGUCAUUCCUCUAGAAGAUGACUGCUGCCCUUAGUUAUCUCUAUUCUUUAAGCUUUCUUGUGAAGAGGCAAAAAACAAGGGAGAUCUCUAGAUAUAUCCUAUAGAGCAGUGGUGUCAAACUCAAAGAAGAAACCAAGUCACCAACCCAUACUUAGGAUCCCCAGGGACCCAUGUAUUGAUUUAGAAAGCCACAAAUCAACAUUAUCUGUAGCCUACUGUAUUUGUCUUUAUUUUGUUAAAUAUUUCUCAAAUACAUUUUAAUCUUGUGACCAGAUUGUGGUAUGGGGCUUUGGGUAUGAAGCCUCUGACUUAGAGCAUCAAUUCUCUGACCCCUCUCCUCAAUCAGAGGAUGCUUUUCUGAACUUUUAUUUGCUUUCUCUUUGUGAGGAAGCUACUUCUAACUCUUCUGGGAUCCAAGUUAGAUGAUUUCUAUGAUCUAAUUUAAUCAACAAGGUAUAUCAAAUUGCCAUAUCAAAAAUGUGCAACAAACUGUAAUAAAAAGAACAUUGAUUUUUGGCUUAAAAGGGCUAGAUGUGAUUCCUGGCUCCACUAAGUCACUAAUGUGACUGGGGGCAAGACACUUCUAUCUGGGCUUUGGUACUGUAAAAUGAGGGACCUGGAAUUAGCUCAUGGGAUCUUUUGAUUAAUAGCUGAAAGGGAUUUUAAUGAUAAUCUAGCCUAGUGUCUUCAAGUCGUAAAGGAGGAAACAGAUGGCCUCUGAGGUGCCUUUCAGCUCUUGAUAAUAAGAACCUGUAAAAUUCCUUCCUCAAAGUCAGAAGCUUAAAAUGCUGGUGUGCCUUACAACAAAGCAUUGGGGAAGUAAUCUAGACUGAGUAGCUCAUGUCCCACCAAUGGCCCCAGAGAGUUGGGGGAGACUGAUUCCCUUUGCUUCCCAGUCCCCUUGCUGUCUGUGCUGUUCCAUGUGAUGAGACCUUUUUCUUCUCCUGGCAAGAAGUAGUUGCAAACUCUCCUUCAAUCCAGCAAACAUUUAUUAAGCAUUUACUAUAUAUGAGCUCCCAGUACUAGGUGCUGGAGAUACCAAGCAAAACAAAAAACAGUCUGUCUGCAAGCAGCUAAUAGUCUACAUGACCAAGUUCAGCUGGAGCCUCUGCCUUAAGAAAAGAACAGCUGGGGUGGGAGCAACUAGAGCUUUCCUGAGAAGACUUAAUCAGAUGUGCGCAGUUAUUUUUCAGUCAUGUCUGACUCUUUGGGACCCUGGUUGAGUUUUUCUUAGCAAAGAUACUGGACUGAUUUUCCAUUUCCUUCUCCAGCUCAUUUGACAGACAAGGAAACUGAGGCAAACAGGGUUAUAUGACUUUUCUAGGGUCACACAGUUGUUUUUCUGACUCCAGACCUGGAAUUCUAUUCACCACAUCACUUUGCUGACAUGAAUAUCUUUGAAAUUCCUAAUUUCUCUUAACUAAGCUGAGCCAUGUAAAUGUAUACAUUUUCCUCAUGUAGAGGCCCCAGGAUACUAUUGUUAUUCUCUACUCUUCCUCUUCCCAUUUGACACCACAAAUCUAGAAACUCCCCUUAAAAUACCCUCUUAAUAGAAAGUGAGGUUAGGAGAUUAAUAGGAUUGAGGGACGGUCAAAUGGAACAAGCCAGGCUACAAGAAGCGGGUAAUAACUAUGCUAGCUGCACCCAGGUAGUUAACAUUUUGGAGGAAAUGUUCCCUAGGAAUGAGAGUUACACUUAUGAUUUCAUUGGUAAGGGAAAACUCCCUGCUCCAAUGUGAUUUAUAUUUUUAGAGGUGCCUAGAACCCAGAGGUGCGAUAGAACUUGAGACUUGAAAUUUAAAGAAAAUUAAAAGCUCAAGGACCAGGCUGAGCUUCUGUCUAAUCCUGUCUAAUGUCAAUCCCAUUGUUCCUAAUGGAUAGAUCCCUCUACCAUACCUAGUUAUGACUGGACUCCCAUGUAAUUGUGAAAGCUAGAAUUCACGCUUUUCCUGGGUCCCUCUAGAGGAUCACAGACAGAUUUGGCUGAAAUAAGAUACCUAGACUUCCCGGGGAGGAACAAGCAAUUUAGGGUCACUUGUCUGCCCCCUAUCCCUUGGCAACCUUCAGAGUAAAAAUGAAUCACUUGCUUCAAGUCUAAUUCAGGCCCAAAUGGGCUAAAAGACUUGAGGAGUACUUAACUAGAAGGGAAAUUCAUUGAAGGCAGGGGUUAUUUCUAUUCUACCUUUCUAUCCGUAUUACCCAAAAAUUAGGACAGUGUCUGAACCUAUCAUUUAGUUGGUAGAGGGAACUAACUCCCAAUGGGGGAACCUCCUACCUAAGUAGGCAGGUCAACAUCUCUACAAUUCAUAAUCUUGGUGAGCUCCUCAGAGCUGAGAGAUUGGCAAGAGUUUACCUAGUCAUGUGUCAAAGGCAGGACUUGGACCCCCUGUUCUCAAGCCACUGUACCACAUUUCCUCUCCCGUUCGGCACGUGGUAGGCCUUUAAUAAAUGCCUAUGGAUUGGUUGAUAGAAGAGGAAUAUGUUGCAGAAUCGAAAGUGAUCCUGGAGGGAAGUGCUUCAUUCUAUCUGAGCACCAAAGAAGCUGACUUGAGUUCAUCUCUUUUUCUGGGAUAUCUCGGAAUGGGGGGAAUUCUCUUCUAUCUCCUCUUGAUUUCUGAAAAGCACUUAAUUAGCUGAAGGGAGAAGCAGCACUCCCAGCUAGAAAACCUGUAUAUGCUUCUGUCCUUAGAUUGUGUGUGUGUGAGUGUGUGUGUGUGUGUGUAUGUGUAUGUGUGUCACAUUAAACCCUUUGUGGCCCUGGGUGGGUGGGGUGGGUGGCUAGGGGUGGGUGUGCACAAGUGCCACAUAGUUUCAAAUACGUGUAUAUAAUAGUGGAUAGAUUUAUUUUAUGUGGGUGCAGAAUUAGUGCCUGUGAUAACCUAUGUAUUUAAAACUCAUCAGAGCCCACUGGUUUCAUUAGUGGGCUGAGAAAAAGGUAGUAGAUUUGGGGGAGGAGGAGAAUGUGGAGGGGUGAUACUUAAGAAGGUAAUUCUUUAGGGAAUGUUUGUCAAUAUUUUCCAACAUGUCUUUAUGAUGCCCUUUUCAAAUAAAUGUUAAUGUUGUCUCCA